UCCUCUUGGCCCCGGAUGUGGGAUGGGAGGGCCAGGGGGGCAAGACGCUCAGCCAGGACAGGAAGCUCCACAUCCAGAAGCCUUAAAGAAGGAGAUGUGGCAGCGGCAUGAAAUCAGUGCCUGAGAUCUGGCCUGCUGAGUCCAUCCGGAGGCACCUGCAGGAUGAAGGCUCUCCCCCUCCUCCUCCUCCCGGUCCUGGGGCUGCUGGCAUGGGGCAAGUCUCUGUGUCCAGUGGAUGAAGCCAUCCAUGAGAAGAUCCGGGACGGUGCCGGACCCUUAAUUCUUGAGACAAUGAGGAACUUUGUCCUGAGCUGCCGGACUGUCACCUCCAGGGGGGACCUGGCCACCUGCCCCGCAGGCUUCGCCGUCACCGCCUGUACUUGUGGCUCCGCCUGUGGCUCGUGGGACGUGCGCGCCGAGACCACAUGUCACUGCCAGUGCGCGGGCAUGGACUGGACCGGAGCUCGCUGCUGCCGCGCGCAGCCCACCGCCUGAGGUCCCCGGGGGCGCGGGGCGGGCGUGGGGGCGUGACCAGGCCUCGGAGGGGCGGGGCUGGAAAUAAACCCAGAGAAGAUGA